AUCCCUUGUCAGAGAUAGUAUUUACUGCCUCUGCCACAGUAUUCAUAUAAGUAAAGUAUUGUAUUGAUUCACACUCACAUCACACCUAACCAACCUCAUUUGCCGCUUCUUCUUUCUCACUUACCAUUACUAUUCUCACUUGUGCCUCUACUACUGCUGUUACUGUCUCUACCACCUACAAACUCUUCCAUGGCCAUUCCCAUGCUCCGUUCUUCUUCUUCCUCCUCUUCCAUCCCUUCACUCCCUCCACCUUCUCCUAAGUCCCCUCCUGAAUAUCCAGAUUUGUAUGGCAAACGCCGUGAAAUGGCCAAGGUUCAGAUGCUUGAAAGAGAGAUAAGUUUUCUAGAGGAGGAAUUGAAAUCUGUUGAAGGUCUUCAACCAGCUUCAAGAUGCUGCAAAGAGGUUGCUGAUUAUGUGGUGGUGAAUUCAGAUCCUCUGUUACCUUCAAACAAGAAGAAUCGCCGCUCUUGUCGCUUCUGGAAAUGGCUCUGUCGCAUGCCAUGUUUUAAUCUAUCUUGGAUCUGCUGUUGCUGCUGCGACGGGUUAUCUGUACAUCUAAAAUUGCCGCGCUGCUGUAGUGACUGUAAACCAUGCAGUUGUUGCAGUUGCAGCAGCUGUUUGCCAUCCUUCAGUUGCUCUUUACCUAAGUGGAGCAGCUGCUGCUGUUGUUUCUCUUGUCCCAAAUCAAAUUGCUGUAAAGAUAGCUUUGUUUCGGGAAAUUGUUGUACUUUCCCAAGUAGUUGCAAUUUCGGGUGUCUUUCGUGCCCUUCUUUAUGCAGCUGCAAAUGCACCUGCACUUGCUCUUGCCCAACAUGUCCGAAAUGUCCAAAAUGCCCAAAAGUAAGACCAUGUUGCUGUUGUAGUACAGAGUCAUGUUUUAAUCCUUCUUGUUGUUUCUGUUGCUAGCUACUAUAUUUCCAUUCUUUCCAAAGGAGAAAAGUGUGAAGAAGCUUUGUCUUCAAAAAUUGCAUUUAUAUUAGCUAGAGUAUAAUUUUUGGAAACAAUAAAUGUUUAUAACUAUGCAGUAUAUGGAUAGUGGAUGAUACUUGAAGCAAAUGUAAUAGCUCCUUUUGUAAGUUCUAAUUGUGGUUAUGAUAUGUUCCAUUCUAUCCUUUGUGUUAGCAUAUUCAAUUAGAAUAACAGGUAAACAGACAACAGCGCAAUUCUUUUUGGAUGGCAAAAUCAUGUUAUUAAUUUUUUUAUUUUUCAGUGAAGAAUCAAUAUUACUAUUAGUGUUUGAUAUCAUGGACUCUGAGAUUGUUAAAGGCUGUUGUUGGGGGGUGUAUGGCAGAUGGUGGUGAGUUCUGCAAGUUUCCUAAAAUCAUGAUAAGAAUAGUGUUUUUAUGUGCUGAAAAAGAAAAGAAAAAAGUGUGUUCUUUUUUGUCUUAUUAAUUAUUUUCACACCUCCAAGUUUUCAAUUUUCAAUCUAAGUGGUCCUACAUGAAAGUUGAUGAUAUAUGAAACGAUCAAAUGGGGUGCACGGCAGGAAAAUAAGUGAGGGGUGUGAGCUGCCUUUUUUUCUGCAUAACUGACACACACAGAGCGCAGAGAGCACAGGACACGGGAAAUGACUUUACAUUCGGUACACCGAUUAGUGGUGUGAUUCACUGAUUCAGCUCCAAAAACGUUUGGAGUAAGGCACUUGAAAAUAACCAGUAAAUUAGGAAUAGUAAUUCAAAGGAAGUGUUGAGUUUGAAUGACUGUGUGCAGUACUGCGGUAGAAGUUGCUAAUAGUAGUGUCUUCUUUUUUCUUUGCCUAUGAAUUCUGAUUAACUGCAUGCUUGUACCAAACAGAAGGAAAAGAGAGAAAUAAUUCACACAUGGGGAUGAGGGCUAUCAGUAUUCAAAAGCAAUACUGUCUCGUGAUGAUGUUUCCGUAUAUUCUGAAAUUGGCCCAUCUACUGAACCCAUUUACGUGCAGCUCUGCCUUUGUUGGUCUCAUCUUACCUGAAUUUGAGACUAACUGAAAUAAAAAAUAGAUAAAAUUUUAAGUAAUUAUA